CUCAAAUAAAUGCUCAACGAUGGCACACCAUUUUAUUAAUACUGUUCAUAACGCAUAUUAAAGUCUUAAACAAAAACUAUUUAACACUGUUAAACUUGAACAUUUUUUGCAUUAAAGAUUUAUGCAUAAAAUAUUUAUGCAUAGUGCAGUUUAUCCAGUACAUUACACAUCCUUGGCCAAGGCUUCAAAAGGAGCAUUUGAAUCACGUCCAAUCUGAAAAAUAUCCAUCGUACUAGCGAGCUGGUGCCUCCUGCAUUCAUGAACAGUGAUCCCAUCUUGCUCCCACUGCAUGUCAUCCUCUGUGCUAUCCAUGGAAUGGGCUAGCAGGGGGUAGUCUUGGAGCACACACGCUGAAAACAUCCUACACGACAACUUGGAGCACCAUGUCACAGCCAGGCGAAGUUAAAAAGAAGAAGCGCCCACCCAUGAAGGAGGAGGACCUGAAGGGGGCCCGCAGCAAACUGGGCCUGAAGGGGGAAGUCAAGAGUAAGACCUAUGAGGUCAUGGCGGAGUGCGAGCGGAUGGGCAAAGUUGCGCCAUCGGUGUUCAGCAAUGUCAGGACAGGGACCGAGACAUCCCUGGGCAAGCCUGCUGCCAAAAGCCCAGGAGCCAGCGUGUUCAAUAAGUAGCUCGUCAUUGCUUUCAAAUACUCUGCGUAGUCUCGUCCCUGUUUUUUCAUAGUUUUCUCAUGGUGUUUUCCUUUUUAUAUUGCAAUUGGUAGCAGAAGUUCAGUAUGUUGUAUAUUGACAAAACAGGACCUUAUUUAAUCAGCUGAUGCACUUUGCAAUUUGCACAGUGUAUCAACCUUGGUGAAUGAGUCACACAAUGGGCUCUCAGUCAAUACUUGCUACUAAUUUUCUGCUCCCUUUUUCUGCUCCUAUUCUUUUUCAGUUUUGCUAAAUAAAAAUAUUCUUGUAAGUUAAAACUAAUUUUCUCUUAUUGGUUAAAAUAUUAGUCCACAAACACUCUAAUCAUUGACUGACUCUUAUGUUCUUGUGAGUGGAAGUUAUUUUCAAAGGAACUGUCAAAUAAUGACCUCCCCUCUUUAAAGGUACGUUCUAGCAAGCAUGCCUCACACAAAUGAAGCCAUAAAAUUCAAA